AUGGGGCGCAACGCGCGCAAGCGUAUCUCAUACGUCUUGCCUCUCGCCAACUCCGCAGCCGGCCAUCGCCUUGGUGUCAAUGGUCUUGCUGUAGAUCCUUAUAACUCCAUCCUCUACUCUGGCGGCAGAGACGGCGUAAUAUGCGCUUGGGACACGCACCUCGACCUGCGCCCGGCUCAGGAGCGCGAAGGCUACGGCUCGCUCGCUGGCCUGGACGAUGCGCCGCCCGCCCCGAAGCCGGCGACAACCUUCAGGCAGCAAGUGCAGGCCCACACUCACUGGAUCAACGACAUCAUCCUUGCGCAGAACAACGAAGCCCUCGUGUCCGCCUCCUCCGACAUCUCCGUCAAGCUCUGGCGCCCCGCCAGCCAUGAUGCCCUCCCGCCGCAGACGCUCGGCUUGCACAGCGACUACGUCAAGUGCCUCGCUUCGCCCAGCCCCACCGCCAAUUGGGUUGCUUCCGGUGGUCUCGACCGCAAGAUAAACCUAUGGGAUCUCAAUGGUGGCGGCAAGACGUUGCAGAUUGCCGUCGGUGACGAUGAGAACACCGCGAAGGGCUCAGUCUACGCCCUCGCCGCCACCAACUCCCUGAUCGCGAGCGGUGGCCCCGAAAGCAUCGUCCGGGUAUGGGACUCAAGAUCCGGCAAGCGCAUUACCAAAUUCGUGGGCCACACGGACAACAUCCGGGAUAUCCUGAUUGCCAAAGAAGGUGAUACGAUCAUGACAGCGUCGUCAGAUCAGACGGUCAAAGUGUGGUCCUUGACCGCAGGUAGGUGCAUGUAUACCUUGACCAUGCACAACGACAGUGUGUGGUCGCUGUACUCGGAUCACCCGCAGCUCUCCGUCUUUUAUUCCAGUGAUCGCUCCGGACUUGUCGCCAAAACAGACGUAAGAGGCUGCAUCGAGAUGGACGAAGGAUUGUCGGUUGCGGUCUGCCAGGAGCAUGGAGGCGUAAGCAAGGUUGCCGUGGCCGGUGAUUACGUAUGGACUGCAACCGCCAGCUCCAGUAUAAAUCGCUGGCAAGACGUUAAUACCGAGGCCGAUGUCCAACUGCCGGAUAAUAAGCACCACCGUCUUAGCUCCGCCACGGCCCGUACGCGCAUACCAUCUCCGACUUCUCCGACAAGCCCGCCGUCCAUGUCUAUUGCGCCGCCAGCCGAGAAGAUCCCGAGGAACGCACUCUUGCGUAUGUCGAAUGCCGCGUCUUUCCACCUCUACCGUGAUCGUGACCAGGAAUCCGCGACUCUGCAUUCUGUUGCAAGCUUAAGGAAGCAGCCGGAGUUGAUCGAAGACGAAGCAAAGGGUCCGACGCCGAUGCGACCAUUGCCUGAUUUCUCAAUAGAGGGGCAGAACGGUUUAAUCAAGCAUUUCCUCUUGAGCGAUCGCAGACGGGUUCUUACUUUGGAUACUGCCGGAGAGGUCAUGCUUUGGGACCUUUUGAAAUGCGCGCCGAUCAAGUCGUUUGGUAAACGCCACCUUGAAGAUGUGGCCCCGGAGGUGAACACCACGGAGACGGUUGCGCAUUGGUGCGCUGUUGAUACGAGAACGGGUAGUUUGACCUGCGUCUUGGAGGAGAAUUAUUGUUUCGAUGCCGAGAUGUAUGCGGAUGAGCUGCAGUUGGAAGAAGCUAUUGAAUUCAGAGAAGACCAGAGAAUCAACCUGGGAAAGUGGAUACUACGAUAUCUCUUUGCAAAUCUGAUUGACGAAGAGAUCAAAAGAGAUGAGUCUUUCCGGCAAAACAUCCUAUUGGAGAAGAAGCAGCAAAGAAAAUCACCAGGCACUAUCGAGAUACCCGACGCGCAGAUGAAUGGUUGGAAAGAAGGGUCUGCCCCUUCGUCUGCCACCACCUUGCGCGCUAACAACGGGUUUCAUCUCCCUGUCACCACUCCAGGCUUGGCUAUUGGUGUUGCCACUCCUGGUGGCCAUCCUCACGCGCACACACAUCAAACCACAAAUCACCUGCCGCCAACCGCCGAGGAGGGUACUCAGCUCGAGCAGACAACGUCCGGCGGUAGCAAAGAGAGGAAUUCCGGUGACUACUUUUCGACCAGCCCCCGAACGCAGGCCGCUACGACACCGAGUAGCGCCAGCCAGCCCCGUAAGUCUGGUGAGGCUCAGUCGCCAACAGAUGGCGACAAGGAGAACAAUAAAGAGGGUACCAUGUUCGGCCGCAAAUUCAAAAUGUCCUUCGGCGGUAUGAAGAAGCUGGGUCGAACAACCACGUCAGAUACCACCAGCAAGCCCUCCAUGGAGUCGCCCACAGAGACGCCCGAGGAAUCAGACUCCCACACUUCGAAGAGCGAAGAUCGUGUUAUCGAGGAUAAUCUUCUGGGAGUUAUCCAAGCCAUUCGCCAUCGCUAUGAGGAUGAGCUCCAAGAGGGAGCGCAAAACCUAACUUCUGCAAUUACACCUAGUUUGGCCAACGAAACGCCAGUCUUGAAGCCUCCGAUUGGAACUUCCAUUCUCAUUCAGGAAGACAGGCCAGAUUCUGGUGGUGUGGCGGAUUUGUUUGAAGGAACUGUGGGAUCUCUGGGACAACAAGCGGAUUUCAUAGAAAAAGUGGCGCCUAAAUGGCUGGGUGAAGUGUUGCUAAAGAACACCAUUCCCUUCAAGGAGAUCGUGAAGGUCUCAUUCAUUCUCGAGCCGUACCAGAAUAUUCUGCCGGCUAUUGCAUCGGAUGGAAACAACCGUCUCAAUGCCAACCGAAUGCUCCGUGCCCGCAAGAUCAUGGCAUACGUUGCUGAACGCAUCGAACCUCCGCCAGAGCAGCCCGAUCCCAAUGCACUAAGACCAGAAGAAUACCUUGAGCUCUACUGUAACAACCAGCUCAUCUCCCCAACCAUGACCCUCGCCACCAUCCGCGCGCACGUUUGGCGCGGCGGCGGCGACGUCAUCCUCUAUUACAAGGCCAACGGCCGCAAGGAGAUCAAGCACGCGCAGCCCGCCCCACCUGAAGGCCCGCACCCGCCUUACGUGCCCCCCAACAGCAACAUUCCCCUGACUCCGGGCUCCCCAGGCCUGGUGAGUCCGGCUGGUUUCGGUAGCGGGCUGUCGCCGGGUAGUCCGGCGAGGAGCCCGAGGACGAGCGGAGAAGGGAAGGGUGUGCCUGGUUCGUACGAUCCGGGCAAGGCUAUGCCUCCGUGA